AUCCGUUUUUGCAGAAAAAUUAUAAUGACCAUUUGAAAUCAUUUUUCAAAAAUGCGUUUCUGAUGCGUUCUACUCCCUACACCACCUUUACACUUUGUUGUAAUUCUGGUUGCAUAGUAACUGUUGACGUUGAUUUGACUUUUGACGGAACUUGACAGUGACUGGUAGGUUACUAUUUUUUGAUAAAUCAAUUAUUUGUUUUAAGUUUUUUUAAAAAUGCUAAUGAUCGCUCAACUUGAACAUUCUAAAUAAUGAUUCAAUAACAUUUAACUAUUAUUAAUGUGAAAAAUCAAAACUAUUGUUUUUUAUUCUAUACAAAAUAUAUGCAAUUUAAAUUAAAAAAUUGUGGUUAAAGACGAAGUAAUAUGCAGUGUUUAUUUUAUCGAUAAUUGUUUGCUAUUGAUAUGUACUUCCUACGUCCUACGGAUUAUUUUGUAAAUAUCAGUUAUGCCCGGAAGUAAGGAAUUUUUUAAAGAUUGGAAAAAUACAGUAGUAUGGAAAAUGACUAUCCCAUGUUAACUAAAACUCAGCGGCUUGUUUUGGGAUUUUUAGUUUUAAUAUUAGUCGAUGUUAUAUGGGUAUCGUCUUCUGAAUUGACCAAGUACAUUUACAGCAAUGAAACAUUCGAAAAACCAUUCUUUUGUACAUACAUUAAAACGUCAAUGUUCACUCUGUACUUAUUGGGGUUCCUUUUUUGGCCCCCUUGGAAAGACAACUGUUCCAAACCGCCGAAUUACAUAUAUUUAGAAAAUGAUUUAGAUGAUGAUAAUUACAUUACCGAUGCGAACUGUGGAAGCAGUCUCAGCAACCCCGUAUACGUGCCUGUCAAAACACCCGAUAGAGAGCAUUGCGAAAGAAGUUCUGGUACCGAAAGUGAUGAUUCAACGGUAAGAUCGGUGCGCUUUAACAAACUCGCAGAAGUAAGACAUAUGUCCGAUAGCGAUGCUACUGAAGCUCUUUUAGCACGACUUUCGUACCAGGCUAGUAUGAGGGCUAGCGAGAUGGCUAGAAGGGCUGCAAAUAAAUUGCCGAUAGUCAGGGUGGCGAAGAUUGCGCUUAUUUUUUGCUUAUUGUGGUUUGUAGCAAAUUAUACAUACCAAGUAGCCUUGUCUGAAACAGAAGCAGGAAUCGUGAACGUUCUAUCAUCGGCCUCAAGUUUAUUUACAUUAAUUCUUGCGUCCAUAUUUCCAUCAAAUCCGAGCGACAGGUUCACUUUAUCAAAGUUGGUAGCAGUUUUUCUCAGUAUUACCGGAAUAGUAUUGGUUAGUUGUUCUGAUCUCACGCUCGAAUCCAAGCUGCCUUUCGGGGCAGUGUUGUCGCUAUUUAGCGCAUUUUUCUAUGCGACUUAUUUGGUUUUUCUUAGACGGAAAGUGGAUCAUGAAGAUAAAAUAGGAAUACCAUUGUUUUUUGGUUUCGUAGGGCUGUUCAAUCUCAUCCUCCUUUGGCCGUUGUUUUUCUUUCUUCAUUUUAGUAAAUUGGAAGUUUUCGAAUGGCCUACUAGAGAGCAAAUGAUGUUGCUACUGUUAAACGGCUUGUUAGGAACAGUAAUUUCAGAAGCCCUUUGGUUGUGGGGUUGUUUUUUGACAUCCUCCCUCAUGGCGACUGUCGCUAUGAGUCUGACAAUACCAAUGACCAUGUUAGCCGACGUGCUGCUAAAAGAAGUGCCCUAUCCCAUUCUUUUCUACACCGGCACUUUGCCCGUGUUAAUAGCCUUUCUAGCCGUCACGGUUCUGUCACACUACGAGAACUGGGAUCCUGUGUUCGAUUUGCUACAAUGUGCCUAUCAAAGUUUCUGCAAAAAGAGCAGGAUAAUACGGUUCAAAGAAGCUUCAUCUGAGCAAACCGAGGCCCUCAUAGGUAUAAACAAUGAACACGAAGCAUAAACUAAAUUACUAAAAAAAAUUUUCAACUGGAAUUGUUUUCCUCGUCUAUUGAUAAUACCGACUAUGGUGCUUUACAAAUAAAUGUGAUCGUCUAUAUUAUUUUUGUUAGAAACGUGAUUAUUAUAAUAUUAGGAUCAUAAUAUACAAUAUUUAUAACUUAUGUAAUAAUAUGACAUGUUUUGUUUUUAUCUUUUUAUUUUUUUCGUUUUAAUAUUUAA